AUGGAUUUAGCUGAGGUACAGGAUAAUCAAUCUAUUCAGUACUGUUUCCAUUCAGACAACAUUUCUUGCAUUAAACAGUACAGAUCAAAAUCUUCAUCUGUAAUUCUUUAUAUUUUUGGAGCAGCUGCAGUGAUGGUUACAUUUUCUGGAAAUUUGGUGGUAAUUAUUUCUAUUUCUCAUUUCAAGCAGCUCCAUACACCAACAAACUUCCUUAUUCUCUCACUUGCUGCUGCAGACUUUUUAAUAGGAGUUGCUAUUAUGCCUUUUAUGCUGAUUCAGUCAAUUGAAACAUGUUGGUAUUUUGGAGAUGUAAUGUGUUACAUAUAUACAGGUGUUCUUACCAUGCUAACUACUGUUUCUGUUUUUAAUUUGGUGCUGAUUGCUAUUGAUCGCUAUUUUGCUGUAUCAGAUCCAUUAUUGUAUUCUACAAAGAUUACAGUCCAUUUGUCCUGGGUAGCAGUUGGAACUAUCUGGCUCUUAACUUUGCUGUAUGCGUGUAUCUAUGUUCUUUCUCAUGGUAGUACAGAUGGAGUUUCAGGAAUCGACACAUGCCCUGGUGACUGUCUUCUUGUAAACAAUUCAACUUGGGCAAUAGUUGAUCCCAUAUGUGGUUUUAUCUUACCUGUUUUUAUAAUGGCUGCUUUGUACACCAAAAUACUUAUAGUUGCAACUCGGCAUGCACAUGCAAUUUCAGCACAAAAAAAAGCCUUUGAAGAGGGUAAAAAAGCCAUCAAAAAGAAAACCGAAAGAAAAGCAGCAAAAACAUUAGGAAUAGUUGUGGUUGUGUUUUUACUUUGUUUGUCUCCAAUGUAUGUCUUUACAAUUAUUAAUCUUUUCUCAAAUUUUUCAGCACCUCCCAUUGUAUCUAUAGUCCUUAUUUGGCUAGUGUAUCUUAAUUCAACAAUGAAUCCAAUAAUGUAUGCUUUAUUUUAUCCAUGGUUUCAAAAAUCUCUUAGACUCUUGGUAACAUUUAAAAUAUGUAAUACUGAAUCAUCACUGAGUAAUUUGCUUCCAGACCACUAA